UGCCUGCUUCGUACUGAAGUUGGUAACGUCCUCUGGAUAAAGCUGAAGCAAAUGAGUACAUCUGUAUACAGUGUUUCUUCUUGAUACGCUGCUUGUAAGGGAGCGCAUUUCUCUUUUCGGAGGUAGUUCAAAAACUUCAACGUCACAUUGCGUGGGGCGCAGGCAACCCCCUGGAUAACAUUUACAGUCAUCUGCCGUGCGCGCUCCAAGACAGCGACUAAAACUCUGAACUUCAUUUCCACAAUUUGGGGACAGUUUCUUCAUUUUGAAGUUAUUUAUUUUAUACACAAUGGAGAGCGAAACCUUGACACUGAAAAGUGUGAUAUUUUAUAUCACACUCACUUUGCCAUUGAUAAACGGGACACCAUCUAAAUACAACAUGUUUCACGGCAACGUGCAUUCUGGCUCCGAACACAGGCAGAGACAUAAAAAUUGGUGUGCGUAUGUUGUGCAUAAGAACGUGAGCUGUUCAGUAGUCGGAGGCACUGCAAGUUACGUGCAACCAGAGUUCUCCCCGUGCCCAAUGCAUCAGCAGAACUGUGCGCAACAAGUGAUGUAUAGGACGCUCUUCCGGCCCAUGUACAAGAUUGCCUAUAAACUGGUGACAGAGCUGGAGUGGAGGUGCUGUCCAGGUUUCCAAGGACACGACUGCAGAGAGCUAAAGGGCGUGCCACCCCGUCAGACAGAGCAGAGCCAAUGGCCCCACCCCCCUCCUUCUCCUGGAAGCAUCCCUGCAACACAUGGUCAAGAGCAAUCAUCAGGGGGGCAGAGUGGCCAUCCAUGGAGUGAGGCGGGGCAGACGGGCCAGGUGGGUGUGGGGCAGCCUGGGGGUCAGACCACUCAGGGCGGAGUUGGGGGCCAGUGGACAAGUGGACCGACCAAUCAGCAGUUAGAAGAGGAGGUUCAGCGUCUUGCCCAGACGGUCCUGGAUAUGCAGGCUGCCAUGACAACAAUGUCCUCCAACCUGCGCGUGGACGUCCAAGAGGACGCCAGUAAGAUGCUGGUCACUCUGCUGAACAACCUGCGGCAGCCUGACAGCGCGAGGGCCGGGGAGACCCAGAGCAUUAGCCUACAGGGCCUCUCACUGGAGCAUGACUACACGGGCAUGGACGAGGUCAUGAGCAAGAUCAAUCAGGUCACCGACACCCUCACUGUGAAGAGCAACGCUCUGGAAGACCUCCUGGGCAGAGUCAACCAGCAUGAUGGACAGCUCCAGUUGCUUCUGGAGGCCACCCAGGGUCAUCAGGCCACACCCGCUCCUGCUCCACAAGCCAAGGACGCAUCCCUGCUGGCAUACGUGGACGAGAAGUUUCGUGCCCUGAGGGAUGAGUUGAUGGAGGGCAUGGAGAUCAAGAUGGCAGACCUAAAGAGCUCGUGUGACUACAAGAUCAUGUCUGUGCAGGAGCAGUGUGAGGGCCAAGAGACCAACUACCUCAGCCUGACUGAGCUCCUAGACUCCAAGGAGGGCGACCUUCGCAAGGAGAUCCAGGACCUCAAGCUCCAGUUGCCCAGCUCAGAAAUGGGAGUCGGAGGAGGAUCUCCUGGGAUGGAGGAGUUGAAAAGGGAGGUGGAGAAGCUGUCUGAGAACCAGAUGACUCUCCGGGCCGGUGUAGAGAGAAUGGAAGGGCUCAGCUCUUCCCCCCGGACACCCCACCCCCUAUUGACCCGUGUAGAGGUCCUGGAGAACCGUCUGAACACGUCUGAGAGGAGCCCGGGGGGGUGCUGUCUCUCCCUCCAGCAGAAGUUGAAAAGAGAGGGGGAGGAGAGGUCUGCCGGCCUGAGGAAGAGCCUGGAGGACAGGCUAAGCUCCAUGGAGGGCAGGGUCACCAACCUCUUGACAAACCAAGAUAACAGCCCCUUGAAUGGGGCCCGGGGGCUAGAGAAUCUGGAACGGGAGGUCAGCUCUUAUAAGACAAGUGUUCAAGGCCUGGAGGACAGAUUCCAAGCCCUGGACCAGUUGUGUUCUAAGGAAAAUCCUGCUGUCAUGCUGAACAUUCAGCAGGACCUCCAGACCUGCAGGACAAGCCUGGAUGCCAUGCAGAGCAGUUUGAAUGGUCAAUCAGAUAGCUUCAGAGCCAUGGAGGAGAUUGUGCAGGGCCGUCUCCUGAACCACAGUGCAGGCAUCUCAGACAUACAGGGUGAGCUUCGUGUUCUGAGGCGACUCGUGGGGACUCUGGAGGGCUCUCUUUCGGACCUGGGAUCCUCUCUCGGCCAGCAAGCCAGGGAGAUCCAUCAGAUCAACUCCACCUGCAGCCAGGCCAGCACAAGAUCACGCCAGGAGUCAAGAGACCUGCUGGGGCUUCACACUGCCCAGCGUGAGGAGCUGAGGGGUAGGCUGGAGGAGCUGGCCAGGGAGGUGAGGGCCGAGGCCGACCGCUGCAGGCAGAGUGCCGAAGGAGUGGAGAAAGAGGUGGCUGGUGUGGACAGCAGAGUGGCCAAUGUUGAGAACAUGUGCAGUAAGCUGGAUCCCAUCUCAGGAAGCCUGCAGAGGAUCAAGGAUGGGUUGAACAAGCACGUGACCGGACUGUGGACCUGCAUCGGCCAGCUGAACCGUACUGUGAGAGCUCAGGCCCUGGAUGUAAGAGGACUGAAAGGAACCUGCCAGCACCUGCAGAACCACAUCUCUGACAUGGCAAGGGACCUUCACGACCUGACCAGCAGUCCUCCAGGUAACUCAGGUGUUCGGGUAGGUGUGAAAAAUUCUGUCCUCUCUACAUUGUCCAAGCCCCGGGUGCCACCCAAGGAGCCCCACCUAGAACUGGGCCCGGUGGGCCCCCUAGAUUCCCCCCUCCCUGGGCCACAUGUAAUGGAGACUGGGCAGGCAGGCCCCCCUGGAACCAAGGCCUCCUCCAGGCUGCCCAAGGGGACUGAUGGUAGCAUGACCCCCCUCAAGGGCUUCGCAGGAGCCCCGGCUCCUCCACCCAUCUCAACGGUGUCUGUAAAGCCCAGUGUGCCGAUGCUGUCAGCUCACAUUCCACUGAGACCACAAACCCAUAAACCAUUCAUGGCCUCAGGUGAGGGGGUAUCGUUCUCCUCUGGUCUGAACAUCCGGUCUUUCCCUGGCGAGGUUGGAAUCAUACGCUUCAACAAGGUGCUUGUCAAUGAUGGGAGACACUACGACCCUCACACAGGGAUCUUCACUGCUCCUGUGGAGGGCCGCUACCUGAUCAGUGCCGUGCUGACAGCCCAAAGAGGAGAACACGUGGAUGCCGUCCUCUCGGUGUCCAAUCGCAGCAUCCAGAGGCUGGACACGGCAGGUUAUCGGGCAGAUCUGGCCGGACCUGGACCAAUCAAAGAGGGGAGAUGUGACUGUGGAGGCUCGGCCUCUCUGAGCCUCGUGCUCAACCUGAAGAGAGGGGACAAGCUGGGGCUUGUCCUGACCGCUGGGAAACUAGCCAUCACUGAGUCCACAGAGGUUCUGUCCACUUUCAGUGGCGUCCUCCUCUACCCUCCUCCCUCCCACAGAUAACAGGAGCUCCAGGACCUCCCUGCCAUGACGACAAGACUCUUAACUAUUGUUCAGAUUGGCAUUAUCCUUUUGAGUUCUGGGAAUAUAUACAGUAGUGAAUCAUACAUUUACAUAUUGUUUUGUAUGUUGUGCUUAAAGCUACCUGUUAAAAAUUGUGUUUAUUAUCUUUUUUAAUAACAUUAAUAUCUUUUAUAGAAGGAGAACCAACACAUCCUGCCUUUAUAUUGAAGUAUUAAUAUAUUCAGUAACUUUGAAUUGUUUUUUUUAAAAUGUACUGUACUUAAUGUGAGUAGUUUUGUCAUUGUUUUACCAUUGUGUUUUUACAUAACUUGAUUUGUUAAUUAUCUUAUUAGAUCUGCUGUUGAAAUUAAGUUGUUCUUUGAAUACCUUCGCCAAAGAUAUCCAUAUGCAACAUUUGAUAAAGGAUGUGAAAACUCAAUAGUUUAAAACAAAUUGCAAUAACCGUGAAUUAUCUUAGAAUAAUGUUUUUUGUUUCAUUAUUUUAUUUAUUUUAUACAAACAUUCAUCCCAAACAUACACUUCAUUAAUUAUUGACAAGCCAAACAUACAUGUUUAUCUAAAACCAGAAUUAUCCAACUUUAAUACUUGAAGCAGCAGUAAAGGCAUUUCAGAUAAAAGACAAAAAUUGAUUAAUUCUGGGUAAUCAGACUAAAAUACAUCACUCCUUAAGCAGUUGCUUCUUUACCUAAAGCACAGAUCUGAUGUGUUCUCAACACACAAAAUAUCACUUUCAUAGAAAGAACGGCAAAAUAUUUUACAGUACAGAGAGGCAACAACAUUGAACACCAUCAAAUACAAAAGCAAAAGGAUGCUCAAUCAGGGAUCUAACAAUAUUUCUUAAUAUAAUAUUAUCUUUACAACUUCAGUUAUUGUGAACUUACAAAAAAAGAAAAUCAGACCAAGAACGUCAAAAUCAAACCUGAAAUUGUCAAAAACCAACAAUUGUGCUUUAAGUGCAUAUGAACUCAUAUCUGUCAGAAAGGUCAGUUCUGUGUGUGUGCCAUCUACAGUUUCAGCCGAGACACUCACAACUUCAAAGUGCCAUAUUCUAUGAUACCGAGUCAUCCCACAUGUUAUCUAUCCAUGCAUAUUAUCUACAGUGUCUGUAUUUAAAACACGUGGCAGUUCUACUAGCAUCUCAGUGCUAAAGCUUACCGUAGUUAAAGCUAUAAUAUACUCAUACAGCAAGGCCUUUAAAAGCAACAGUAUGCUACAUACUGUAAGCAGCACAUCAUCAAUCAAGUGCAUCAAGUGCAUUUAGGCUGUCCUGGGAAUGUAAACCUACUGUAAAUAGAGGUACUGUUAAACAGCUUCUACUGGUGUCUAAUCAGUAAAUAUUCUCAAACCUAUUGGGCCUUUGGAAUGCUAUGCAUUGCACAAAGCAUAUGCAACAUUUUGUCAUUACAUAUACUGUUCAUACAGGUAGUAAGGCAGUACAAUCAAUUAUGGAAAACACCAUUAAAAACAUCACAAAAAUAUAUUGGUACAUAUCAAUGUUGAUUUCAAGUGCUG